AAUAAAUAGCAGCAUGGUGGAGGAAGUGUUGGCGGUGACAGGACAAACAAGGCCCCACGCUACAAAAAUCCGCAAUGCAACCUCAAAUUAUCUUAAUGAAGGAGGGGACGGACUCCUCUCAGGGCAAACCACAGUUAAUCUCCAACAUCAAUGCUUGUGCGGCUGUAGUUGAUGCUGUCCGUACCACACUGGGGCCCCGGGGCAUGGACAAGCUGAUUGUGGAUGCUAAGGGGUCAGCCACCAUCAGUAACGAUGGCGCCACCAUCAUGAAGCAGCUGGACAUCGUGCACCCCGCCGCCAAGACGCUGGUGGACAUUGCCAAGUCACAGGAUGCUGAGGUAGGGGACGGCACCACCACCGUCGUGCUGCUGGCUGGGGAGCUGCUGAACCAGUGCAAGCGCCUGGUGGAGGAGGGAGUGCACCCCCACGCCAUCAUCAGGGCAUUCAGGCGCUCCACAACUCUGGCCAUCGAGAAGAUUAACGAGAUCGCUGUCAAGAUCAACAAGCAGGACCCGGCAGAGCUGCGUUCCAUCCUGGAGAAGUGUGCUGGCACCUCCCUCAACAGUAAGCUGAUCCACCAGCAGAAGGACUUCUUUGCCAAGAUGGUGGUGGACGCCGUCAUGUCUCUUGAUAUGCUGCUGCCCCUCGACAUGAUUGGCAUUAAGAAGGUCACUGGUGGUGCACUGGAGGACUCCAGGUUGAUUGAUGGAGUGGCGUUCAAGAAGACCUUCUCCUACGCCGGCUUUGAGAUGCAGCCAAAGCACUACGACGACCCCAAGAUUGCCAUGCUCAACAUUGAACUGGAGCUGAAGGCAGAAAGAGACAAUGCUGAGAUCAGGGUCAACAAUGUAGAGGAGUACCAGAAGAUCGUCGACACGGAGUGGAAGAUCCUUUAUGAAAAGCUUGAUCUCAUCCACAAGUCAGGAGCCAAAGUGGUGCUGUCCAAGCUGCCUAUCGGAGACGUGGCCACCCAGUACUUUGCCGACAGAGACAUGUUCUGUGCUGGACGUGUGGCGGAGCAGGACAUGAAGCGGACCAUCAAGGCUUGUGGCGGUGCCAUCAUGACCACAGCGCACGACCUCUGUGACUCCGUCCUUGGCACAUGCAAGCGGUUCGAGGAGCAGCAGAUCGGAGCAGAGAGAUUCAAUCUGUUCAUGGGCUGUCCCCACACCAAGACCUGCACCAUUGUGCUGCGUGGCGGGGCAGAGCAGUUCCUGGAGGAGACGGAGCGGUCCCUCCAUGACGCCAUCAUGAUUGUGCGACGCGCCCUCAAGCAUGAUGCUGUGGUGGCAGGCGGCGGAGCAGUGGAGCUUGAAGUGAGCAGGCACCUUCGUGAGUGCUCCCGUUCCAUUGCCGGCAAGGAGCAGCUGUUCAUGGCUGCGUACGCUAAGGCCCUUGAAGUCAUUCCCCGGCAGCUGUGCGACAAUGCCGGCUUUGACUCAACCAUCAUCCUGAACAAGCUGAGAGCCCGCCACGCUGAAGGUGGGAAGUGGUUUGGGGUGGACGUGAUGAAUGAGGACAUUGCCGAUAACUUCACUCAGUGCGUGUGGGAGCCGGCGCUAGUGAAGAUCAAUGCCCUCACUGCCGCUUCAGAGGCCUCCUGUCUCAUUCUCUCCGUUGACGAGACCAUCAAGUCCCCGCGCUCCAGCCAGGAUGACGGGCCACCCAUGCCAGGCCGGGGCAGGGGCAGGCCCAUGUAAUCGCCCUGGGACCACUAAUGGGGGUCUCAGUGCAUCUGACUUUGCUUUAAUACAGGGAAUCAUUUGGAUUUUCCCGAUCUCAUUAGUUUGGGGUCAGUACAUCCACCUGACCUGUGCCCAGUAGGGAGGUCAGUGCAAGCCUUGGAGACCCCCACCCCACUCUUAUUGCCUCAUGUUAGCCACUAAUGUCUGCCCCGCGCUGUGCUACGUACGGUGACCACAGCCUAACACCGCUCUCCGCUACUCCACCAGUCAAGGUCGCGAGCCUCAGCACCCCACGCAUAAAAUAAUCUUUUUGUAUAAUAAAUGAUCAAACUCCC